AUGCAGGCAGAAUGGAGACCCCACAAGGAUCUGGGCCAUGGGGUUACCGGACAAAUGGACCCCCUUUCCAAUCAGGUGGACGAUUCAAUCAGGUGUCAAUGUGCUACAGAUGGGGAGAGAGUAACAGUAAUAGUCAAUCAGACACAUGAUGGCCUUUUGGGCUUCAGUGUUCGAGGAGGAGUAGAGCAUGGCCUUAAUAUUUUCAUCAGCAAAGUGGAGCCACACAGUCCUGCAGGGCGGGCAGGCUUGUGCAUGGGUGAUAAACUGCUGGAGGUGAACGGUGUCAGUUUGGAGAACAUCAGCAUAAACAGUGCUGUGAGAGUACUGACAGGCCACCGCCGGCUCCGAUUGGUGCUCCAGAGAGUGGGGUGGGUCCCUGGGGUGAGAUUAGGCAAUGAGAAGACCACCUGGGUAGAUCUGAUCCACCAGAGGCUGGUGGUGGAAGAGGGGGGCAUGUCUCGCUCUGGCGGCUGCUCAGAUGCUACUGUGUGUCGCUCAGUCCCCCUGCAGACAUCUCUGUCCCAGCCCUGCCUGGGGCUCAACAUCCGGGGGGGCAUCGAGUACGGCCUCGGCAUCUACGUCUCCGGGGUGGAUCCAGGAGGGCUGGCAGAACAGGGCGGGAUUAAGACAGGUGAUCAAAUCCUGUCGGCCAAUGGGGUGAGCCUUGAGCAUGUCACUCACAGCAGGGCAGUGGGAGUCCUGAAAAGUCAGUCGUACGUUACCCUGGUGAUCAAGGAGACAGGCAGAUACCCUGCUUAUCAAGAGAUUGUGGAUAAGCACAGCUGGCUGGACAAGCGAAGCAGUGGAACAUACCAUUCUCUUUCAAGGGGUUCAGACUCUUCCUGUGGCUCCUCUCUGUCAUCUGGAACCCCCCUCAGCUCAGUCACUGGUGUCUCCCAGGCCACGCUGCCUGUCUGCCUGCCCUUUGGUGCCCAGCUGUCCGGCGUCUCCAGUUUCACGGCAGGCUUAAGCUGUGGUCCCACGGAGCUCCUGCACGAUUCGGCCAUCCGCGCUAAGGAGGGGAGGGAGAGAAGGAAAACCGAUGUCCCGAUGGCCCUUAGCAGGCCUCGUGCGCCCCUCUUCAGGACCCAGAGUCACAUGACUGUGUCAGGUGAGGAACAGAGGACGGAGAAUAGGAAGCAGAUGGAGAGGAGAGAAGGAUACAAGAAUGUUCUGAACCACUGGAAAACCUUCUUUGGCCUGCCCUGGACGAGAGACUCCUCCAAAUCCCCAACCGGAUCCCCAACCAGAUCCCCAACUAGAUCCCCAACUGGAUCCCCAACUGGAUCUUCAACUGGAUCUUCAAUUAGAUCACCAACUGGAUCCCCAACCAGAUCCCCAACCGGAUCCUCAACUGGAUCCUCAACCGGAUCACCAACCAGAUCCCCCAGAAACUCUGAGCUAGGCACUGGUGCUACGACUCAGGAACUGUCUGGUCUGGAAGUACUUGCCCAUGUAGAGAAAUUGGCCAUCAAACUACUGAAGACCGAAGACGUGGCUGUUGUCAUGGAGAUUUGUAGACAGUACACCGUGGAGCAGGAGCUGAAGACUCUAGUGCCCCCCCUGCUGGCCAUGCUGGACAGGCCAGAGAAGCUUCUGCUCCUGAGGGAGAUCAGAAUGCUUGUUUCUAAGGAUGACGUCCAGCAGUUUAACAAUAUGCUGUCAUCCUUUGAGGACGAGGCCUGUGACAUACUGAAGAGAUGUUCUUACCAGCCUGGUGAGUAUCGGCAGAAUCACUUGCUGGAGGAAAUUGAGCACCUUUGCAUGACUCAGCAACCUGAUGAGGUUCAAGAACCCUCCAGAGCACUCUCUCCUCUUCUGGACGUCACCAUAGUCGGCUGUCCUCAUACAGAGUCCCUUGGACCUACCAGAGCAGCUCCCAACAUCCCCAACUGGCUACUAACUGAGAAGACUUGUUCCAAAAUUCCCCCUGCCGCAGACCGUGACAUGCUCUGGUCUGAUGAGGACUCCUCACACAGAGAAAGCCCAACUAACACAAAAGAGACGGAAAAAGAGGACACAGUUUUUACCGUAGUGGACAACCCUCGUCCUAAGAGACCUCUGCUGUCUCAGAUAUUUGGUACACUCAAGAGAUCACAGAGCACCAGAGUGCCCCCUACAGAACCCAGCGGACAACAUCGAGCACAAGAGCAUGUGCGCUCAGGUUCUGUGAGUGGUCACCAUAGUGAUCAAUCUGUCCAGGAGUGUGGACUCAAAACUGUCCAGGAUUGUGAACUCAAAACUGUCCAGGAUUGUGAACUCAAAACUGUCCAGGAGUGUGAACUCAAAACUGUCCAGGAGUGUGAACUCAAAACUGAUCAGGAGUGUGAACUCAAAACUGACCAGGAGUGUGAAUUCAAAACUGUCCAGGAGUGUGAACUCAAAACUGACCAGGAGUAUGGACUCAAAACUGUCCAGGAGUGUGAACUCAAAACUGUCACUCUCAGGAAAAACAAGCAGUCAUUCAGUCCAUUCAGUAUAUAG